UAGAUCGGCCUAGUGAUGUCUGGGCGCGGGAAGCAAGGUGGUAAAGCACGUGCUAAGGCCAAGUCACGGUCGUCCAGAGCCGGCUUGCAGUUCCCGGUGGGCCGCAUCCACCGCCUGCUCCGCAAGGGCAACUACUCGGAGCGGGUCGGGGCGGGCGCGCCGGUGUACCUGGCGGCCGUGCUGGAGUACCUGACGGCCGAGAUCCUGGAGCUGGCGGGCAACGCGGCCCGCGACAACAAGAAGACGCGCAUCAUCCCGCGCCACCUGCAGCUGGCCAUCCGCAACGACGAGGAGCUCAACAAGCUGCUGGGCCGCGUGACCAUCGCGCAGGGCGGCGUCCUGCCCAACAUCCAGGCCGUGCUGCUGCCCAAGAAGACUGAGAGCCACCACCACAAAGUCCAAAGCAAGUAG